AUGGAGGAAUCUAAGGAAUUGUCUCAUACUGAUUCUCCGGAGAACUCUGAUGACAGUAAAAUAGUUACUUCGGAAAACACAGUCAUAAAUACAAAACAAAAUGAGAUUAUUGAUACAGAAUCAAAUCAUCAUGAGUACAGUGCUAUGGGAUCAUUAGAAGACACAAAUAUUACUUUAGCUAAAAAUUUAAAUACUAGUAGCGUUGAAGACCAUGAACCAAAUAAAUCAAAUGAAGAAAAAAAUAGUACAUUUAAUGAUACAUCUCUGGAAACUCAGCAAUCUUCACUUGAAAGUAACAGUGACAAUAAAAGCUUAGAAAAUCAUUGUGCUGACAGUAAUGGAUCUUAUAAAGAAAUUGCAGAUAGUCACCCUAAAUUAGAACCUAAUGAAUAUCAAAAGAAUCAAAUGAAUCUCCAGGAAAAAUGUAGAAGUGACUUACUUGAAGAAAAUGGAGAUAACACAAUCCCUUCUAAUAAUGGGAUAUCUGAUGAAGGUGAAUCCGAAGGCGAUUCUGAAAAUGGUGAAUUUUCUGAGUUAUCAGGUGAACCAAGAGCAGAAGAAACAGUCAGUGUCAACUCGGAAUCAGAGAUGGAUGGCCAAGAUGAAUCUUCUCAAGAAAGUUCAAAUAAAAUGAAUAACAAAGAUGAAACUUUACUUCAAAAUGAUAGAGUUGAUAAUCAAAAUGGUAACUCUAAAGAUUGCGCUAGUCCUGAAGUUCAUGAAAUUGUUAGUGAUAAUGAAGAUUGUGUUAUAGAAGAACAACAACAACAAAAAAAGCCUAUUAAAGAAACUCCAGUACAAUUACGCAGAAGUAGUAGAGCUAUUAAAAGAAAAAGAUAUGAUGACGAAAUAGAAAAUGGUGAUGAUAUCUCUGAUUUGGAUGAAAACUUUGUUGGAGAAUCAUUUAGACGUAAAUCAAAAGCAAUAGUCAUAAAUAAUACUAAAACUUUAGUUGAGAUGGCUGCGAAACAAAUGAAAUCAGGCAUUCAGAAGAAAGAACCCACAGUAGUGAUAAUAGAUACUAAUUCCAUGUCUUCAAGCAAAGGAAAUUCUAUUAGGAAACCUUCAACACCCUCGAAUAAUUCUGCUCUGUGUGCACAAAGCUUAUAUCAGAGUAUUGUUGCACGUGGAACAACUGUGACCCCAGUUAGCAGUAAACCUACCACUCAAAAUUCUAAUAAUGUCACUCCCUCUAUCUUGCUACCUUCCUUAACAGAUGAUAUGUAUGUUGUAGAAGCACCUUCUUUUAUUGUACCAUAUGUAUAUGAAAAGCCUUCUAUAAAACCAUUUAGAGAAUUUGUAGAUAGUUUAGGUAAUGAAUUGAAAGAGCAAAGAGCCAAAGAGGAAGAAGAACAAAAGGAAAAUGAUAAAAAAGAGCAAGAGAAGCUAGAAGAAGAAAAGAAGGAAAAAAAAGAGAAGGGAGACGAGAUUGAAGAAGCUGAAGAAGAAAACGAAACACAAAAAAAGGUUAAAGAAGAAGAAUUAGAAGAGACUAAACAAAAAAAGAGGGAAGAACGGAAAGAACGACGUAGACAAAGAAAUGACGAUGAUGAUGUAUCAUGGGAUGGUGAAUCUUCGUCAGAAAGUGAUGAUGAUAUAGGAAGUGAUGAAGAAGACAAAACUAUAGUUAUUAAAGAAAAAGCUGAUGUUAUUGAUGAUAUUAAAGAUGUUACCGAUUUAACUGUAGAGAAAGUAGUUACUGGUAAAUCUGAUAAUUAUUUUGAUUUGUCUCUUGGAAAAUUUUUUAUGAAUAUCGGCCUAAAUCUUGUUCAAGAGUUUGUACAAAAUGAUCUGUUGAAGCAACAAAAUAGGAAACUUUAUAGAGAAAAGAAAGGUGGACAUAGUACAAACAUUACUGAAUCAUCUAUUGCUUCGUUGAUGAAGAAUUUAGAGUUUAGUAAGGAAAAUAAUGCACCUUAUAAAUUUAAACAGCAAAAGUGUGAGUUUUGUACAUUCAAGUCUGAAUCUCUGUUAGUGUUGGCCCAUCACUUGGAAACGCCACAUAUGAAGAAUAGUGUUUAUAAGUGUAAUUUCUGUGUGUAUGAGAGUCGGAGUCCUCACGAUAUAUUGUAUCAUAUGGAAGCCGAACAUAAUACUCGAGGAAAGUUAGAGAGGGCGCCAGCAUGUCACCAAUGCGCAAACUGCCCUUUUGAGGACAAUGGGAAAGGCAAGCUGGCUCGUCAUCUCAUUCCUUGUGCCAAGAAAUUCAAACCAGAACUUAACUUAGCGCCCCCCAUUGAAUGGGAACCCCCAGCGAAAAUACCGAAGAUUGCCCGAGCACGCAACCCCAUGAUGAGUUCAUAUCACAAUGCUUUCCAUCGAGGCCAGAUGGGCAACAACCUUGGCAGGCCACCUAUGAACAAUGCCAUGUCAAGCACUGGUUUUCGCCCACGAGCUCGUAUGCCCUUCAUACCUAGAACUGCUCCUAUGCAGGCUAUCCCUGUUCUAAGAACAGGAGUUACUGUCAGACAUAGCACAUCUCCGGGUUUAAUGUCUUCUAACUUUCCUGGUAAUAAUGGGAAAAACUCAGCGGUGCCCAAAUCUGCCCACCAACCAUCUAUUUCUAUCACACCAUUACCGAGACAACCGCAACCUAUGCCCGUACAGCCUCCUCCUACUCCUCAGGGGAACAAAAAUACUUGUGUCAUCUGUGAGAUUUGUGACGGAUACAUUAAGGACCUUGAACAACUAAGGAAUCAUAUGCAAUGGAUACAUAAAGUCAAAAUACACCCCAAGAUGAUUUACAACAGGCCUCCGCUCAAUUGUCAAAAGUGCCAGUUUAGGUUCUUCACAGAUCAAGGCUUAGAAAGGCAUUUAUUAGGUUCACAUGGCUUAGUCACUAGUUCUAUGCAGGAGGCUGCAAAUAAAGGCAAAGACGCUGGCCGUUGUCCAGUCUGUGGCAGAGUAUAUCAAUGGAAGUUACUCAACCACGUAGCAAGAGACCACAACCUAACAUUGAAGCCGGCUCAUCUUUCAUACAAAUGCACAGUAUGCACAGCUACUUUUGGCAUGUACAAGCAGUUCGAAAACCAUGUGUAUUCCGCACACAGUGUAGUCGCUAAACGUGUGAUGGAUAAAGGAAAGACUCCUCCACCUGUGAAGGCUGGCCAAUCUUUACUCAAACCACUCAAAAUAAACGAUGAAAUUACUAUCAUACCUCAACCCGCUAAACCAGACACGCCACCCUUAAAGGAUAAA